GAAAGAGAAAGUCAGAUUUACUGAUGACCACCAUGACGGGACGAGAGGAUGCUGCGGACGAAAAGCCAAAAGUCAAGAUUUUAACCCCAUCUUUUGGAAUCGACAAAGCACGGCUCAAUGGCUCAGGAUUUAGAUCGAAGGGUUUUGCCAUCACCGACCUGCUGGGACUCGAAUCGGAACUCCAGCCACAUCAGUCAGGGCCUGGUGGUGGCGGCAACAGUGAACCGAACUCGGGAAUAGGAGGCUUCUCUUUUGCUGGAGGCUCCUUGCCACUUGGUUUGGGGUUCCUGUGCAGUUUGGCGGCUCAGCAACCACCUGGCGCUCCGUGUUUCCUACCAAGUCACAUACCUCUUCUUCAAUCCAGGACUGAGAGUCAAUUCAUACACAACUUGGAGCAGCAGAGAGACGCCUAUUCUGAUGACGAUUGCCUCUCUGGAGAUAGAAACGAUGGCAAAAACUCAGGAAACUCUCAAAAAAGGAAGAAACGGAGGCACAGGACCGUAUUCACCUCUCAUCAACUGGAGGAGCUGGAGAAGGCUUUCCAGGAAGCGCAUUAUCCAGAUGUUUACGCACGGGAAAUGUUGGCAAUGAAGACAGAAUUACCAGAGGACAGGAUACAGGUGUGGUUCCAGAACCGCCGCGCCAAGUGGAGGAAGAGGGAGAAGUGUUGGGGACGCAGCAGCGUUAUGGCAGAGUACGGCCUCUACGGUGCCAUGGUUCGCCACUCCAUCCCCUUACCGGAAUCGAUUAUCAACUCCGCCAAAAGCGGCAUGAUGGGCUCGUGUGCUCCCUGGCUUCUAGGUGAGCCAGCAGGAAUGCACAAAAAGUCGUUGGAAAUGACCAAGAAGUCUCCCGGUACUCCGGAGUCCACCCACUCCGACUCAUACAGCGAAGAGGCAAAGGGGAAGGACAGCGACAUUUCCUGGUCGAACAGGGCCAGUGCAACAGACGACAUGGAGGACAUGGCUAUUGACCUAUCGAGCACUUCCAAACAGGAGAAUAAAAGCACUUUGAAAACUACGCCGCAGAUCAAUGAUACGAACAGCGAUUCUGACAACGAAAGUUAAAUAUUUUUCUUAUUUAAUGAAUGAAUACGGACUAUGAGCAACGAUAUCAACUUGAGGACUAAUUUAUUCAAGCUCUGGGCAAGUCGCCCAUCAUCUUUUCUAGAGAUGUAUUUGUAUUUUGUUUUUUAAUUGUCAUUGUUCAAGUCACUUUGUUUCAAAUAUGAGAGUUUGAUGUUUAUUGUUAUUAUUCAUUCUUGUUUCAAUCAUUAGUACUUAAGAAGCCAUACUGGUUUUGUCAAUUAGUGGUGAGGGCACUACUGAUUCCAGAGUUUGGAUUUAGCCUCUUAAAGUUCCCUUUAUAUUUCAUCAUUUUAAUAUUGACUCAGUUAUUUCAGUUAAGUAAUCAGACAACUCUGGCAAUUUAAAGACACAGUGGAAAUUCUGGGUAUAGUCAUAUUGCCACCUGUUUUAUUGUGUUGUGUUGUCAAUAUUUAGGGUACACACCUGGCACCUCAAAUACUUAAAGUCUUUUCCAUGAGCCCAAUUCUAAAGCACUUUAAUUGUGUUGAUGCUGAAUGUCAUGUAUAAAAUUUCAAGAGAAAAAUGUACUAACAACAGAAUCAACCAAACACAU